UCCUUCGUUCUUGAACAAAUCGAUCAUCAGGAAUAUUCCUUUGGGCGGAAAGUCAAGUUUCUUUUGGAGAGAUCUACUUGACUUGUUGCACACUAAUCACAUCACCACCCUCGGGAACCACAACGGCAAGGCUGAGCUGGGAUACUAAAUCUCUUUGAUCGCUUCCCUCCUCCACCACCACCAACUUUGUUGGCUCCCUCCCACUUCUGGCUAGACAAAACCAGACCAUACAAUACCAGACCCACCCUCAGUCUGGCCUGCCUCUGACAGAUUCAAUUAAAGUUGCUCUUUCGCCUCUGCCCUGGCAGCUGCGGCUGAUUCUGACAAGAUGGAUUACUGCCGACACCAAUUCAGGGAGUCCUCCACCCUGGCCCCUCGCUGCUCUAUUGCUCAGCAAUCCUUCUUUGAUGACGCAUCAGAAGCGUCUCUAGACUUGGGAAACAGCAACAAAAACAUGCAACAACACAACACCAGCAAUAUCGACCCUACCCUCGAGAACUCGUCACUAUUCUCACCCAACUGGACCGUCCAGCCCCAGCAGGUCCAGAGAUAUCUAGACGAUCCGCAAAAGACCGCCUUUUUCAACGCGUCCCCACUGCCGCAAACACACUGCCAGAACCCACGUACUGGCUCUGUAGCGCAUUCAGUCUCGGGUCUCUCUACACCUCAGCCAAGUUAUGCUUCUCCGUACUCGACCAACGAACACAGCUCUUCGUGCGGCAGCCUCCUCAGCCCACCAGGUGAGAGCGAACUUCACUACGAAGGUCCACCGACACCGUCAGGAAUCGACAUGAUCAUGCAUUUCACUUCAGCCUCCCUCAAGCAGCCUUUUACUUCGUGGGCCACAGAUACUACUGAUCUUGGAAACUGUCCAACAAUGCCAGCCUUCACCAACCCCUUCGCCGUGAACCCUGCCGAUGACUUGACUGCUGGAUUUAUGGACGACAGCGAUGCGCCCAAUUACGGGUACAGACAUCCCAACCAUCUCCUCCCUCCUUCGGCAUACAUACUUCAGAGCAAUAUAUCUUCCGGCUACGGUGUCAGUGCCGCUAAUGCGCCCAGGGUACUUGACUUUGAGACCAACGUGCUGCAGGUCUCUGACGCCGUUCAGCCCAUGAAUAGCUAUGGCGAGGACUACUACCCGUCACCAAGCGCACAGGAUGAAGAGAUGGGAUCAGAACUAGACGUCAGUGUGAUCAAGCCUGACCCAGAUACCAUACCUGUGCCUCGGGAAGCCCCAAGGCAGAAGCGCAACUCAUCAACACCAUCUUCCGCCAAGAGGAAGCAGAAGUCAGCAGCAUUGCAGAGGCCCGAGAAUGCCGUCGGUAUUGACUCUUCGCCUAAGAGGCGGAGAUUGAGCGUUCCGAACGUCCCCCAACAACGGCGCCGGUCAGACCAUCAAGCAGCAGUGGCAACUCCGAAAAUGCACUUGGCUCCACCCAUAUCCUCUCGUGGGACGACCAGCAGCCCCCAGCCCGCCAAGCCCACCAAGGAUAUAACAUGCGCUGAGUGCAAAAGUUUGACGUUCAAGAGCGAGGCGGCACUGCAAACACACAUCAAGAAGCAACACACCCGGCCAUUUGUGUGCAUCUUUGCCUUUGCUGGCUGCGACGCCAACUUCCCAAGCAAGAACGAAUGGAAGCGACACGUCUUGUCGCAACACCUCCUGCUUCACUACUGGAUAUGCACGCAGGACACAUGCGCGCACACGGACAAUAACGGAGUCGCCGCCAGCGCGGCUCCCGCGUCCGGCCGCAGCAGCAGCCACAGAACGCCUUCUGCAAAUGCGCCCCGAGUGGGCAGCCUGCGGGGCCGCAACUCUUGCGCCAUCGCACCAGCUGCCUCAUCCAUGACGCCGGGUCUGCAACGCUUCGGACCCCCUUUGCCCAACGGGGCCAUUUUCAACCGCAAGGACCUCUUCACGCAACACGUCCGCAGGAUGCACAUGCCGCAGGAAGUUCGCGAGCAACAAAAGGUGGCAGGUGAACAGCAGAGUGGAAGCAGCAGCGGCAGCAAGAAGGCGUCAUCCGCGGACAAGGCAAGCGGCGGUGAGCAGCUGGCCGGCUGGGAGAAGCACGUCAAGAACCUGCAGCAGGCCGCUCAGAAGGAGCGCUGCCGGCUGCCGAUAUCUAUGGCGUGCCCCGUCGAGAGUUGCGAGGACCAGUUCACAGGCGUCGACGCUUGGGACUCUCGCAUGGAGCACCUAGCGCGGCAUUUCGAGGCCGCCGGCAAGGGCGAAGAGCCUCCGGUGCCUUCGACAGGCGAGGCGGACCCCACGUUGGUCCAGUGGGCAUCGGACGAGAACGUUGCCAUCGUCGUCAAGUGCGGCACGCAGUGGGUUCUCAACAACCCGCUUAAGCCCACUGACAUCGCAGUUAUGGCCGCUGCUGCAAACAAACUGGCUGCAGCGCGUGGCAAUGCCGGUGAGGAGGAUGCCGAGGGCGAAUUUGAAGAUUAAGCCCGUUUAUUAUCAUUAUAGCGAUACUACGCCUUUCACACUUUGGAUUUCUAUGGAUAUUUACUGAAAUCUUGAUUUUUUCAUCGUCUAUCAGAUUGAUUCACAUCAUCUAUCAUCUAUCGUAUAUAUGGCCAUGUUGGAUUUAGCGUUGGGCUUGUAUUGCAUUGGAACGGGGCGGGCUUUUGGAUAUUUCGGAGUAGACACAGGGGUUACUUCCCGGCAAGGAGGGUCUAUGGUUAUGACAUGGAACACUACGACUAUCAUGACGAGCAAAAGCAAUUGCAAAGCAAUUACACAAAAUGAGAACCUUCCCACCUGCACAGUAAUCUAGCUACUUAUUGAUGACACUAUGAACGGACUACCGAACAACCAGCCUCAAUAUAGCGAGCAAAGGCUUCAUAGCCGCGCGC